ACAGCCAGUUUUGUUCUUGAGUAAAAUCGAUUCGGUCACAAUUAUUACACUGUGUUUAUCUGAUUUUCCUUUGUAUUUUCCUUAAUAUUAUUCAGCAAUGAAUACAACUUUGGUAUUUAUAGCAUCAGUCUCGUUUCGGAGCCAGCUAGAAAAGCAUCGUCCAUUGAAAUUGACUUAACCUAUAAAUUUGAAAUAUGAAUAACGCGGUUAGUUAUCAGGAAGAUAGUGUACCGGAUUUGAGCGAAGAUCUCGAAAAUUGGAUGUCGCGAUUGCCGCACGAACUCCGACAAACUCCAAUUAUUUAUUUGGCUAUUCCAGGUUCGCAUGACAGUUUUACAUCGGAAAUUACAUCAGAUUCGGAACUGGCCCCAGACGCUGAGGAUGCAAUAAAGAAAUUAAGUUUUUUAGGACCCAUAUUAAAAGCUUUUAUGGUCAAAUGGUCUCGAACGCAAACAUAUAUGGCGAAAGACCAACUAAUUAGGGGUAUAAGAUAUUUCGAUCUGAGAAUCGGAACUCGACAAGGUACACAAGACCUUUUUAUUGUUCACGGAUUAUACUCCGUUACUGUGCAGACCUGCUUAGAUGAAAUUAGUAGUUUUUUGGAUACCCAUGCACAAGAAGUAGUUAUUUUGGACUUCCAACAUUUUUAUGGAUUUACUCAAAGUGAUCAUGAUAGACUGAUGCAAAUGGUUAACAAAACAUUUGGUGCUAAACUUUUGCCUUUUACACAACAUAUGAAUUAUGUGUCUCUAGAAUACAUGACAACACAAUAUCGGUAUCAGGUCAUAUGCGUCUACAGAUCCGAUGCAUCUCGAUUUGGACAGCCUUUAUUGUGGCCUUCUCGUACUUUUCCAAAUCCUUGGCCGAAUACAAUAUCCAAAAGAUAUCUUUUUGAAUAUUUACACAAUGGUCUUAAAAAUAGACCUGUAGAUACUGCUUAUAUUACGCAAUGUAUUUUAACUCCGCCUGGAUGGUUCAUUUUUAAACAUUUAUACUGUUCCCUAAAAAAAUCGUGUGGAAUAAAAUUAGAAGAACCCAGAUCGAACUGGAUUGAAAAUCAAACGCCUGGUGCAAAUGGUCUUAAUAUUAUAAUAGCUGAUUUUAUUGAACUAACGGACUGUAGAUAUGUAAAAGAGGUUAUAAAUCUUAAUCAAAAGCUUAUUUUAAAUAGUAAAAAAUAUUAAGUUUUA